AUUGACACAUGAGAAGCAAAAGGUGCAGAAAGUUUCCUAUUGGUCGCCGAGGCGGUCUCAGUCUCCCCUGGUCUCGAGCGCAGCGCAUUUCAAGCAACUCAGCCGUGUGAGUCAACAACAGCUACGGGACUUCAGAGCUGGAGUUUCCACACCUUCAAUAGUUUCACUUCAGAGGUAUUUGGCUCUCCCUCCUUAUUUUCUAGAUAAAGAGGACUGCAUUUCACUCAAGGCUCACUGCUUUGGGGGCUGCAUUGCCUGGGGAUCCUGACCAGGUGUUCACAAUGAAGUCCUUCGCAUCUUUGUUCCUUUGGAGGAUCAACAUUUUAAUAAUGCCAAUGGUCUCACUGGGCCAAACAUCUGAGUAUGUGUAUGAUAAUUGGAGGGCAGAGUUGUACAGUCCCAGCCGUAUCUAUGACAAGCCUCCGCAGUGUGUGGACAUCCCUGAUGACCUGAAGCUCUGUCACGGUGUGGGCUACAACAAGAUGCUGCUGCCCAACUUACUGGAGCACGACACUAUGACUGAGGUCAAGCAGCAGUCUGGGAGCUGGGUGCCCUUGGUGCACAAGAACUGCCACCCGGGCACUCGGGUGUUCCUGUGCUCCCUUUUUGCCCCUCUAUGUAUGGAGAGGCCCAUCUACCCAUGCCGCUGGCUCUGUGAAAAUGUCCGUGAUGGCUGCACACCCAUCAUGGAAGCAUUUGGGUUUCCCUGGCCUGAGAUGUUCACCUGCGAGAAGUUUCAACAAGAUGAUGUGUGCAUCAGUGGACCCAAUGUCACAGAGGACUCCAAGCCCACUGGAUACUCCCCAGUUUGUCCUCCUUGUGACAAUGAAAUGAAAACGGAUGUGAUACUGGAGCACAUGUGCGCCAGUGAAUUUGCCAUAAAGACCAAGAUCAAAGAGGUCAAACAGGAAAACAAGGAUCGCAAGGUGAUCCUGCAGAAGAGGAAAAAACCCCUAAAGCUGGGAACUUUGAAGAAGAAUGACCUGAAGAAACUCACUCUGUACCUGAAGAACGGAGCCGACUGCCCCUGCACACAGCUAGAAAAUCUCAGAAACACAUACCUUAUUAUGGGACGCAAGGUGGACAAACAGUACAUUCUCACCGGCAUUCACAAGUGGGACAAAUCCAGCAAGGAGUUCAAAAAGACCAUGAAAAAACUCAAAAGCCACAAGUGCCCUGCUUUUGAGAAUGCCUUCAAAUAAACAUUCUCAGAGCUCCCACUUACUUUAUGAACUUCCACAUCCAGGCAACCCAAAAUAUUGUUUUAUUUUUCAUUGUUCAUGUACUAUAUAUAUAUAUAUAUAUUAUAUAUAUAUAUAUAUAUAUAUAUAUAUAUAUAUAUAUAUAUAUAUAUAUAUAUAUAUAUUAUAUAUAUCUAUAUAUAUAUAUAUAUAUUUCUCAUGUAUAGAUCAGACACUUGAGGUGCUUUGUCUUGGAUCUGUGCUGUUUAAGACUGAAAAGAUAAUGAAAGAUACAGUAGACAAACUCUCCACCACAACCAACGGAUCACUUUUGUAUAUAUCCAAACUGGUGAUAAUAUGUUGGAAAAUUAUCAUAAUUCACCUACAAUUGAUUGUUUACUUUUCUUUAAAAAAAUUUUUAAGAAAAAUACUACAACAGAUUUCCAACGCAUAAUUCUCUGCCAGACAUCUUCACAAUUUAUUGUUACAAUUUUAUACACAUUGUGAAAGUACCAUAUAAGCCAUUUCUCCAAUUUGGAGUCACAGUUACAUCACUUGCAGCUGCAUGAACAUGGUGGAGGGAAAUGGGUAAAAUCCAUGGAAUAAGACAAAAAAAUGUAUUGUUGUGCCUUUGGAUGUCAGAAUCGUAAUGCAAAUCAUUUUUAUAGAAUACUGUCAUCAAAGAUGCGAUUUGAAGCUAAACUAUAGUUGAAACCUGCUAUGAUUACCCUACCCCACCAGAUAGGCUCCGCCCACAAAAAACGUUAACACUGUUUGCAAA